GAACAACUGUGAUAACUACACAUCCGUAAUAUCGCCUACGCAUAACAACAACGGUAACGGCAAUUCAUCCUCGUCACCUUUGUCAUCGUCCCCCUACAAUUCACAACUGAUACAAAUGCCACAUUUUGGUUUAGGAGGUGGUCCCGGCAUGGCGAACAAUGCAUAUGCACAGACACCGCCAAGUCCACCUUUACAUCAUGCCGGCGGUGGUGGUGGCGGCAAUGGUGGUCUAAUGCCACCCAGUCCUCCACAUCAUCCUGGCCACAAUCCCCACCAACAGCAGCAACAACAACAGCAGCAGCAACAUCACCCUCAUCUGGCCAUGAUUCCAAGGGGUAUGGGUAAUCCUGGCGGUGGUGGUGGAGGAUCAAUAAUGUCAACAGGACUGAAUACAUCGGUAAAUUCAAUAUCAUCUGCCACAUCAUUUCGAUCGCACAUUGAGGAGAAGAAACUAACCCGCGAUGCAAUGGAACGUUAUAUGAGGGAGCGAAAUGAUAUGGUCAUUGUAAUAUUACAUGCGAAGGUUGCCCAAAAAUCCUAUGGUAAUGAGAAACGUUUCUUCUGUCCACCGCCUUGCAUUUAUUUAUUUGGCAGUGGCUGGCGUCGACGUUACGAAGAAAUGCUGCAGAAGGGCGAGGGUGAACAGGGCGCCCAACUAUGUGCCUUUAUUGGCAUUGGAAGUGCCGACCAGGAUAUGCAACAGCUGGACCUAAAUGGCAAACAGUAUUGUGCAGCGAAAACGUUAUUCAUAUCCGAUUCGGACAAACGCAAACAUUUUAUGCUCUCGGUGAAGAUGUUCUAUGGGAAUGGCCAUGACAUUGGUGUCUUCAAUUCGAAACGUAUCAAAGUGAUCUCAAAACCUUCCAAGAAGAAACAAUCUCUGAAAAAUGCCGAUCUUUGUAUAGCCAGCGGUACAAAUGUGGCACUAUUCAAUCGCCUGAGAUCACAAACGGUAUCGACGCGUUACCUACAUGUUGAGAAUGGUCAUUUUCAUGCCUCGUCGACGCAAUGGGGUGCAUUUACAAUACAUCUGUUGGAUGAUAAUGAAUCCGAAUCGGAAGAAUUUCAAGUUCGUGAUGGCUAUAUACAUUAUGGUGCUACAGUGAAGCUGGUAUGUUCGGUGACGGGAAUGGCCCUGCCACGUCUAAUAAUACGUAAAGUUGAUAAACAAAUGGCCUUAUUGGAGGCCGAUGAUCCCGUUUCACAACUGCACAAAUGUGCAUUCUAUAUGAAGGAUACGGAUCGUAUGUAUUUGUGUUUGUCGCAAGAGAAGAUCAUACAGUUUCAAGCCACACCAUGUCCCAAGGAACCGAAUAAGGAGAUGAUAAAUGAUGGUGCCUGUUGGACAAUUAUAUCAACGGAUAAAGCCGAAUAUCAAUUCUAUGAAGGAAUGGGUCCCGUUUCUUCUCCUGUCACACCUGUACCCAUAGUAAAUUCCCUGAAUCUCAAUGGUGGUGGCGAUGUUGCUAUGUUAGAACUGAGUGGUGACAAUUUCACACCCCAUUUACAAGUUUGGUUUGGCGAUGUUGAGGCUGAAACAAUGUAUCGUUGCACAGAAACACUUCUGUGUGUGGUGCCAGAAAUAUCACAAUUUCGUGGUGAAUGGUUGUGGGUUCGACAUCCUACUCAAGUGCCUAUAUCAUUAGUACGUAACGAUGGUAUCAUUUAUGCAACGGGUCUAACGUUCACAUACACCCCCGAGCCAGGACCUCGGCCGCAUUGUACACAGGCUGAUGAUGUUAUGCGUUCGUCGCGACUCAACAACAACAAUAUAACCACAAUGAGUAAUAAUAACAGCAGUAGUAAUGUAGUUUCAGCCCAUUCACCCGGUGAGUCUGGCUUAAAUGCCAACAAUAAUCACAUGCAGCAGCAACAACAACAACAGCAGGCAUUACCCUCUAUGUCGGAAGUGCAAUGGAAUACUCACGGCGGCGGAUUAUCCUGAGUGCUGGCCAGUGUUUUUGGUUGGCAUUACAAAAUAGUUUUGUAACCCUUAAACGAAGUUUAUUUGCUUCAAUAUUUAUUUGAAAUUAUUGUCGCGUU